GUAAAUUCACUCGUUGUCAUAAGCGAUCUGUUCAGAGGGUGUUCGUAAAACUUGUCACCAGAGUAAAAAUGUUCAGGAAUACAUUUCAAAGUGGAUUUCUUUCAAUACUUUAUAGUGUUGGCAGUAAACCCCUUCAGAUAUGGGACAAAAGCGUAGUUUCAAAAUUUUUAACUCAUGAAGGAAUAAUAGGUAAUGAAUGGACACAUAAAAAGAAUAACAGACAAUGAUAUACAAUCACUUGUGUUAGAGCUGAUGGGAACUAACGUUAGUACCACAUUUAUCACUUGUCCAGCUGAACCCAAGCGAAGCCUAGGCAUAAAGCUACCAUUCCUUGUGAUGAUUAUUAAGAAUCUAAAGAAGUAUUUUACUUUUGAAGUCUUGAUUUUAGAUGAUAAGAAGAUUAGACGGAGAUUUCGAGCUAGCAAUUAUCAGAGUACUACUCGUGUAAAACCUUUUAUUUGUACCAUGCCCAUGCGCUUAGAUGAAGGAUGGAACCAAAUUCAGUUUAAUCUUUGUGACUUCACAAGACGUGCCUACGGAACUAAUUACGUCGAAACGCUGAGAGUACAAGUGAGUAUUUUAUCAACAGUGUUAUUAGUUAGUACAUGAAAGCGAUUAGUGAAGCUAUUGUUUCCAGACAUGCAGAUUCGGAUUCAUAGUCUUCAACGUCAAAAAAUAUGAGCUUAGAUGUAGCCUAAGUUAUGAGCCAUGAAUCUUUGAUGAUAUUAUCGCUUUUAAAAUUCUAUCUUAGUAUUAAUUUUGCCACAAAGACCUUUUUAUGUUAUUUUACGACGAUUGAUAAUUAAUUAAAGAAAGCUUGAUACAGUUUUAUAUGAUCAAGUUACACAAUAGCUUAAAAAUGCAGCUGGAUAUUAAAAAUCCAGUUGGGCUACAUAUUGGUGGUAUAGGUUAAUCUCAAUGUUGUUUAUGAAAAUUCAAACCAUCAGGUCAUUUAAAUCUCAUUAGACAGUUACAUGGGAGCCUAAUUAUUACCUCGAUAACUGUUUCACAUCUAAAUUUGUGUAAUCCGUUACAGAUCUUGAUAAAUGUUACUCUACUCUAGAUUAUCUGGAUACUGAAAAAUUUGUUGGUGAAUUUUCAUUCAUAAAAAAUAUUCAGAGGACCGAUUAUUCUAAAAUCCUUGUAAAAGUAGUCUUGGUUGCAAAUAUUAUUGAUUUUUGCAUAUGCCUCUGAAAACUGACAAUAUUAUGAUAAGCUAACCUAAAGGCUUGAUGAAUUCCUUCAGACAAAAUAGACGAUUCAUGUGUAACAAACGUUUGUUCAUCCUCAAAUUUAACACUGUAUCAAAAGCAUUUAGAUAGUAGCUUGUAUUUUCUUUUGACAACUAAUAAUGUGUUUACGAAGGCAAGUGAACAAUCAUGGUUCAAAGCAGAAGUUUAGACUUAAAAACCAGCCAGCCUACUUUGUUGUGUACCAAGACUAUAUUUAGUGACUGAGUCUGAGCUCAAAGUUCAAAAUGUUUACUCAAAAUCCUUAAAUUCUCUUCGAAACACAUUUUUUAUAGAAGUAUAUUUGAUCAAAAUAAAAAUAAGCUUUAACUAACUAGGAUUACCAUGAUAAUUUCUGCAAAAAACAAAUGAUUAACAUCAUCCAGAAAUGUUAAGCAUCACAUCACGAGAAAUUGUACGAAUAAUAUCGGUUAUUCAAACUCAUCAUUUGUAAAUGAGAUGCGUUAAUGGCUGAAGAAAAUUUAUGACAGAUCAAUGCUUAACAAUCUGAAAAGGUUGUCAAUUCCUCGUUGUUACAUAAAUCUUCAAAGUAUAAAUCAUCCAGGUCAUGAGGUCUAUUGAUGGAUGGGGGGUUCUGGUUGCACACUGCUGAAGAGCCUAACAAUAGGGAAAAACGUUUAUACAAUCUUUCCUAGUUUACAGUGGCAGCCUAGAUAAGAAGGAUUCGUGAUGUAAACUAGGUAAAUCCUACAGUCUCCACAUAUCAAUCUAUACAAAUGAUAUAUAAUCGUUGUUAAGUGCCAAUAUAACAUCCCAAAAUAAUGUAUUAGCAUUUAAAAGUUUGCUCAUUUUAUCCCUAAUACUAUGCAUUUUGCAGUGUAGGAUGACUUUAGUUUCAUAUUUUGACGCGAAAGGAAAGGUCACCUGCAGCUAUUAUAAUUAUUGUCUUUAGCCACUUACAAUCCCCAGUAACUUAUCUAAAAAUUCUCCCGAGCUUCAUCAAGUGACCUGACAAACGGGAAGUUUAUCAUUUAGCUAAAGAGACUCAGUAAACUCAGUUUGAGGUAAUGCUCCUAUUUAAUUAGGUCUACACAAAACCCAAUAUGAACCUACGCUAAUAGAUAAGAGUUAUUUUUUGAUUAAGUUAUUUUUGCUAACUAGUCAAGCUAAUCUAUUUAAAAUUUACUUUGUAAAAAAAUAAUGACGUAUACCACAGUUUUGCUCGGGUCAGCACAAGCGUACCGCUAACACUUAUGUAUUAUGCUUCAUAUCAUAAUCAACAGGUUCAGUACACAUCAGUUGGUAGCUGAUGACGUUUAAGUACAGUUAUAUUACUUUUGCCGUCCUCUUAUGCCGGUUUAUUCCUGGAUAUAGAAAGAAGGCAGAUUCUUUCAACAAGUAUCUUUGUAUUAUGAAGUUCAAAAUAAUUCAUGCCAACUGUCGCAUACGCAGAGUUUACUUUUGUGAUCGUUUGUAUUCAGAAAGCGAACUACCCCCAGAAUUCAAAUUGUAUCUUCCAGUUCAACAAAAAGUAGCUGCUUCCUGAUCUUGCAAGAAGGCACUUACGAAUAUAUGCAAAACAUUUAAAAAACAACACAAUAGGAUGCUUAUUCAAUGACUGUGAGAAAUUCAAUUGUAAAAUGAAUUAAGUAAAUAAUAACUCAGA